AUAAUCUCAUUUUUUAUUUCUUUUUUUCUUCUCACUCUUAGACACAAAGCAAUAGUUGGUUACAUGUCAAUAUUUAUUUGUUACAAACUCAAUCAUAUAAGGCUUAAUUCCUUAAUCAUGUCAUUUGAAUUAGAGGUGCUUGCAGUUCGGCUGCGGUUGGAGAACCUUCAAUCUGUCAUUCGUUCGCUUGAUUGGCGGAUUAGAAAAAAAAUCAAUCCGUAUCCGUUCGCCGGAUUGGCGGAUGGAUGCAAAUCGAUUUGGCCGUUUAAACUUUUACAAACUUUGAACAUAAUACAACAACUUGUUAAUAUUUUUUUUUUGGAUAACAAUAUGUGAUGAAGUGGAUUUUGAAAAAUACUUCUCCAAUCCAGCCCAAUCCUUUUCAGAUCUAUUUUCUCCUCCCUUGCAACUGAGCUAGUAUUUCUGUUUUAUAAUGGCCUCUACUGGGCUAGGUUCACCCUUAUUUUACAGAUGGCCCACUUCCUUACAUGGGCCGCCUUGACUUUGGAUCGGCUGGACGGCCCAUCAAAAAUUAUUCUUGUAACGGAGAAAUUCGGCUCCCACAAUUGCUGCCCGAGUAUUUGAUUAAAUGUCCAAUACUUGGCAUACUUUGAUUGAAUGUCCAACACUCGGCAUACUAGGCCACUUUAAACAUCCUUUAUGUGGCUUGAACCGUCACUUAAAAUGCCUCGAAAUUCAAAAAUAUGGCGCACACUCCUUGUUUAUUGCUGGCACAUUAGCUGAGGCGACGUGACGUGAUUACAGUUUCUCGUCCAUUCAUACUAUUCAUUCAUUAAAUGCGAUUUGAAAAAUCCUCCGUCCUUUCGUUUCUCUUGCCAGAUUACAUCCUCAGUCUCUCUUACAACUCUCUAUCUUCAAGACUCUAUACAACCACUUUGUCCUCUUUGUAGCUCGUCCCUUUCAUUCCAAUUUGUAAGUCUUUCUAAGCUCCAUCCUUUAUUUUGUUUUUUCACAGUUUUACGCCAAUUUUUCGUUAUUUCUUCUAGCUUGUAUUCUGGUUCUUUUGUUUAUUUUGUGAUCAUGGCGAAACACCUGAAAGCUCUCCUCUCUGAGGAUUGAGUCGUUGCCUUUCGUCGACAGUUCUCGAUCCCUAAUGACGUCCGAUUGACUCUCGUUGGGGACGAGGUGGUUGAUAUGGAAAAGGCAGAUAAAAACACUAUUAUCUUCCUUUUGUUGUCGAUUACUGAAAGCGGGGUUCGCUUUCCCCUUCAUCUUUUUCUCAAGGUCGUUCUGCGGUAUUGGGGCUUGAUUCUUUCUCAAUCAAAUGUAAACUUCUUUCGAAUAAUAAUGGGUGUGAUAGAACUGAACCGCCGACUUAGACUUAAUUUAGGAAUUCCUUCCAUUCGGCAUUGCUAUGUCCUCGUUAAGUUAUCUGGUCGACAAGGGAGAUCCUUCUUGAGAGCCAAGGACAUAGACCAUCACUCGGUGACCAUGCUUGCUAGCUCUGGCAAGAGGGUUGACAACAUUAUGGUUGCCGUCCAAGGCAACUGGGAAUUCGGCGAGGGGAAAGAUCGCCUGGACCCAGUGCCUAGGCGGAAGGGCGAGCCAGGCAACGACCUCAAGCAAUCACUUAAUUCGGCGGACGAAGCCAUCUUUGCACAAGUGAAGAUUGUCCUUGAAUUCAUUGGUGGUUCGAAUCUUCAGGGGGACAUUGGAUUGCGGGAUUCACCUGCCGUUGAAAGAAACGGUGAUCGGGAUGGAGAAGACACUGAACGAGGAGCUAAGGAAAGUCAAGUGGAUUAA